AAGUUCCUCCUGAGCUUCCUGUCUGUUAAUCCACUUGUUGAGCAGAAGAAGAAGACGAGGAGGUGAACACACAAAGUGAAAUCUUCACUAAAAGUCAAACGAUGGCGGAAACGGUCGGGUAAAGAGCGGCAGUUAGGAGAAACAAACCCGGCUGUUGAGCACCAUGUCCGGUCUGAGAGCAGCCGGCGUCCUCGGCGCCUCCGUGGCUCUCGCGGGAGGACUCGCCUAUCUUAUCUGGAACUACGCGUCCUCCUCCGGGGAGGGGAAGCCUGAAACACGGCCGGAGAAAGACGGGAAAACUGCCAGAAAGGAAGGAGAGGGAGAUGAAGAGGAGAGAAAAGAGGAAGAACAGACUGUUGUGGCCGUUGAGGAGGCGCCGGUUGUUGCUGCUGAAGCUCCGAAAGCAUCGGAGGUAAAAACGUCUAAGCCUGUGGAGUCAGCAGGGACUCAGGUUCUGGUUCUGGGUCUGGAUGGAGCCGGUAAGACCAGCCUGCUGCACUGUUUGGCCACCGGGUGCCAGGAGCAGGACAUGGAGCCGACGCAGGGCUUCAACGCCGUCUCCAUCAACAGAGAGGACCUGCACAUCGAGUUCCUAGAGAUUGGAGGUAAAGAGGAGCUGCGGCCGUACUGGCAAAGGUACAUGUCCAAGGCUCUGCUGCUGGUGUUCGUGGUCGAUUCCUCCAACCUGCAGCUUUUCCCCGUUGCUAAGAAGCACUUACACGAGCUGCUGGCCUUUGACCCCCACCUGCCUUUAAUGGUCCUGGCCAACAAACAGGACCUUCCAGGAGCCUGCAGCAUCACCGACCUCCAUGACGCCCUGUCUCUGUCCGAGGUCGGCGACCGCAGGUUGUACCUCAUCGGCACCCACGUGAAGAAGGGCGAAACGGAGCUCAGCUCAGGUGUUCAGGACGCUUGGGACUUGAUCAUCCAGAUGGUUUGUGACGACAGAUAAAACACUCUGUGGGUGGUUGACACUUAAUCCUUCAGAGAAAGUCUAAUAAGUUCUCUGCACCUUUUCACUUAAAUGUUCUCAUUACACCAGGUCGGCUGACACUCUUAUUUAUUUAUGAGGAAAUCAAAACUUUUUUUGUUGUUUUGGUAGAGUUGGGAUUAAAAACUAGAUUCUGGGUGUUAAAGUGUAAAAUUUCACUUGCUCUGUUACCAAAUUACAUAUAAGCCAGGACGCUACAGGACAAUCCAGACAACAUGCGUUCACAUUUUAUCAUCACCAAAGAUUUAUUUUCAUCCGUGAAUGUUUCACUUUGCAAGACUGUCACUGUGUUCUUCUUUCUCCUGGUGUCAUUUAGCACUGUAGAUACGGAAACACGAGCAACUCUAAAGCUGCCUUCAGGUUUUAGCGCAGAUCGUCACACGGUACAGAAUCACAGUGGAUUUAUUUCAGGCUGUAGAUUCGCUUGGACCAUCUGUGUGGCUGCUGGCAGCAGCUUUAACACCACCGAUGAGCUCACAGUCUGUUACAACAGAAAUGUAAAAGUGCUGUUAUCAUUAUUAUCAGAGAAUAUUUAAUACCUCGACAUAAAGACUUAAAGCUGUGCUGGGCAAGAUUUACAUAUCAAGCACAAGAGUCCAUAGAGAGGCUCCCAUCCCUACUUUCACUCACUUUUUGUCCCAUUUGUGCUGAAAAUUCAAAGCGAAACACAAAACUUAAGUUUCCUAUGUUCAGGUUUGUGAUGGUACGUGAUGUGAACAGUGACGUCUUUCGGCCAUCUGGGGCCGCCAACAUGCAAAUUUGACUCUUACAGCUUUAAGGAAAAAAGACAUUAUACUUGUGGGAUGCACUGACAAGCCUUCUGAUGUGCCGUUAAUAUUUAAAAACACAAUUUCAUCAGUACACCAAGACUAUUUCAUGUCUAAAUUAAACAGCUGUUAAAUGGAGCAGGUAGAGCAGAUAAUGGAGGUUGUUUGCUCCAAUAAUCAGCUGUUUAGUCGUCAUUUUAUUACUGAAUGAUCAGACAGAGAGUUACCAAACAAUAACACUAUUGAAUAACUUUCUGACUAUGAGUGUCUUUGUUGGGUUACAGCGGGGAUACUCAACUUGCUUUUCCCCGGGGCCACUUUUUCAAAAUGACAGGAUAAUAAACAAUAACGUAAGUGUAAGAAUUGCCCGUUUUCAGCCUUUGAACUUUUGCUGUCCUCACUCAUCUUUGCCAAGAGGUCAGCUGUAUGUGGGGGUGUCUCUCCCAGACCUCUGUCGGGGGCUCAGAGGGACCCUCCUCUGGAUUUUUGUUUUAUUUUUGAAUUAAAAAAGAGCUCUAUUUUGAUGCUUUUUAUAUACUCUGGCACUUUAUUUACAUUUUAAGUGCAAAAAAAUCCCAGUGUGAGUCAAGUUAUUAUCACUGUGAAUUACAAAAAUAGUUGGCGAGCCAUCUGGCACCCGCACCACAAGUUGAGUAUCACAGAAUUACAGCUUUAAAAACAUUAUUACUUUUUUUGACAAGUUCAUUGUUACAUAUGUUAAGUCUUUAACUUGAAAAGGGAAUUUAUCUUAAAAAAGAAUAUAAACCAGAUGUCUUUUGGAUUACCUUUGUGUUUUUGCUGUUCAGAGAGGAGCUGUUUGCUCCUUGUUACUUUGUCUUAAUACAGUUUAAUUUGUUAAGAUUUGACUUAGCUGUUAAAGUUAGGAUGAAGGGGAGCUACAUUGUUAUGUGCAAAGCCUUAAUGUGUACUGUGUUUGACGAAUGUAAAGGUUUCAAAGAGCACAUUUUCAAAACAUGUCAUUCAGAUUGUCAGAGCUUUUCCCGCAAUACCAAACAUGUUUAACAUACAGCAUUGUGUGAACAGUUUGUCUUGUAUACAGUUUUUGUAACUCUCAAAUAAAUUGUUUCCACUAAAA